CCGGAGUCCACCCAGGUCCACACAAGUCUUCCCUUUCUCUCUCCACUAUCGUACUUGCAUGUAUCCAUGGAGACUACCUCAGCUACCAACCAUGAAAAAACACGCUCUAAUUUGUUCGAAAAUGUUAAGGUUAGGCUGAUGGAGACAGCGAAGAAUACGAAGAAAAUCGGAGAAGAUGAUCCCAGGAGAAUCUUUCACUCCGUUAAGGUUGGAUUCACUCUGACGUUAGUGUCUUUGUUUUACUACUUCAGACCACUCUACAAUGGCUUCGGACAAGCCGGAAUGUGGGCCAUUUUGACCGUCGUCGUCGUCUUCGAAUUCUCAGUUGGUGGAACAAUUUCGAAAAGUUUGAACAGAGGGGGUGCUACAUUACUAGCUGGUGCAUUAGGAGUUGGAGCUGAAUAUUUGGCCAAUCUUUGUGGAGAGAGAGGAGAGCCUAUUGUUCUUGGCCUUUUGGUUUUCAUUCUAGCUGCUGUAUCAACAUUUACGCGAUUUAUCCCAAAUGUGAAGAGAAGAUACGAUUAUGGGGUUUUGAUAUUCAUACUUACCUUCAGCCUGGUGGCGGUGUCCGGUGCUCGGAUUAGUGAGAUCAUGGAGUUGGCUCAUCAACGCCUCUCCACCAUUCUCAUCGGCGGCGCCACCUGCAUCGUCGUAUCCCUUUGCAUUUACCCCGUUUGGGCUGGUCAAGAUUUGCAUCAUCUCAUUGCUUCUAAUAUACAAAACCUUUCUGCCUCCUUACAAGGUUUUGGUAACGAGUUUGGCGAUGUGGUUUCGUCUAAGGAUGGUAGGGAUAAGUCAUAUCACCAAAUUCAUAAAAGUGUGCUCAACUCAAAAGCAACCGAGGAAUCAUUGGCGAAUUUUGCAUGGUGGGAACCAAGUCAUGGACGUUUCAAGUUCAAUCAUCCAUGGAAACUCUACUUGAACGUGGGUAGCAUAGUCAGGCAAUGUGCAUGCCAAAUUGAAACACUUAGUGGAUGCACAAUCAAUUCCAAACCUCAGGGAGUAUCUGAAUUCCAUCAGAAAAUCCAACCAUCGUGCGUGAAAAUGAGCAUGGAAUGCGGCAAGGCUCUAAAGGAAUUAUCAACAGCAAUUAAAAGCAUGUGGAUUCCAUCAUCAGCCGUUGCAGUCCAUUUAAACAACUCCAAAGCUGCAGCUGAUGAACUCAAAAACAUAAUGGAAAACUAUUCCUCGUUGCCAAGUGAAGCAGACGGCCUUCAAGAAAUCGUGCCCAUACUCGUUGUUGCAUCCAUACUCAUCGACAUCAUUAAAUUCGUCGAAAAAAUCGCAGUGUCCGUUAAUGAAUUAUCUCAGGAAGCAGGGUUUAAACAACCGCAGCUGCUCCACCGUGGGAUUGUGAAGCCUAUAAAUGAUGAUGAUCAAGUAGUUGUAGAGAUCGUCGACACGCCGGAGAGGAAGAAGCCUCUAAGAAAUUAAUUAAUUAAUUAUGGGACUUAAUUAAUAAUUAAAUAGAUUGUUAUUACAUGUUUCUCGAUGGAAAUAUGAAACCAUGUAUAUAUGCACCAUUGUUGUGCAUAGGUUGAUGAUGUAUUUUUGUCGGAGAUCGAUGUGUGAUAUUAAUAUUUGAAUUUUUAUCA